AUGACGGUACCAGAACAUCUCGAAGACCGGGCCAAGGUUCGUAUAGGACAACUUAUGGGCGGUAUGGCUGGCUUCGGUGGUCCAUCAAAUUUCGGCGCUCUUGGACCCAGUAGAGCCUCCGGUAGCCAAAUUGGGCCAGAAUUCGGAACAAAUUUUGCUGCACCCAACGUAGAAGAUUACGAGGAUAACAAUGUGAAUGGAGCUGCCACUGCGAAAAAACCCGACAAUCUGGUCAAUAUCGAUGACGAGGACGACUUUGACGAGUUCACCAACCCACCAACUACAGCGCCGACACGUCCACCAAAUCCACCUACACUGCUUCCAGAGGCGUUGGAAUCGAACGCUGGAGCGACCACCCGAGGCCCAGUGAAAGAGAUACGUAUCGAGCUGCCACAAAACGUUCAAGAACAGAGAGACAGCGACUAUAUUGAUGAGGUGAAAACCGAUGGUAAUUCAAGGAUACAGGUAACUAGCAGGAUCAAGAAUGAUGGCGAUGAAAGCCUGCUGGCGCCAGAUCGAGAAUCAGGUGCAAAGACAUUGAACGCAAAACUCCCUAGUGGUGUACCAAAUCUUCCAAAGCUUAUCAAAGUUUUGCGUCGAAGUAACCUCAAGGACUCCGAUAUCGCAGAGAUCAUUUCACAGAUUGAGGACAACGAGAACGUUCCAUCACCACCAAGGAUUGAUUUUUCCUCAGCAGUGCAGAACAUUCCGUUGAAAAAACACCAAAAUCGUGAACGCAUCGCUAAAGCGUCACGUGAAAUCCAGACAAACUUAGGAUCUCCUGACCAGGGGCAUCAGCUUGGACAAUUGCCUGAUCUUUCCGUUUCUGCCACAAAUGUGCCUCCAACGACUUUUCAACCACUGGCUACUCCCUCUCUAUCUGGCCUGCACCCUCAUCUUUUACAACCGCAACUAGACCCUACUGCAUCAAAUCGACUGCAACGAGAGAUUGCGUCAGUUCCGACCGACAAGGCUAUUCAUCGGCCGGCGGUAUCUCCGACUCCAGAGCUCGUGCCAGCACAGACGCAGUUCACAACUCCUCAGAAUAAUUUGCUCUUCCAUCAUCAACACUGGCCACAUCCACACUACCAAACGCAAUACAACGCUGCACAAACCAACGCAUCCAUAUCAUCCUUAUCAUUUCAUUCCUUCACCUCCUCAUCCCCUGCUCCCCAGCAGCAACAAGCAUUUCCAUUCCAACUGCGCAACAGACUGCGCAGCAACAGCAGUUCUAACUCCAGCACCCUCAACAGCAACUACAGCCAUAUCCACUUCAACCGCCAACUUGCUCCUCAGCAAGCGACU